GAUAGAUAGAGCAAUCGAGCAAGGGCGGCGCCGACCCCAGGAGGUAUCGCCGCGCGGCCGCCGCCGUCCCCGUCGUACCAUGGGGCUGCUGGCGCUCAAGCGCCUCGUGUCCGUGCGGCAGGACCGGAAGACUCGAUCCCGUUGUGGUACGUCGAUUGCGCCGGUGGCCAAGAGAAAGUGCUCGCCCUGUCAACAACAAGACGAUACUCGUCAUCAAGCUGCCAAAAGGAGGAGGCGCUCAGUGCCAGAGCUUCCAAAGGACAUAUGGGAUCAUAUACUUUCCUUGCUGCCACUGCGGGAUGCUGCUCGAGCUGGUUGUGUAUCUCGCGCGUUAUCAAGUUCCUGGACACGCCUUCCCAACCUCACCUUCACAAGGGAAACACUCGGCCUGACUGGAAAUGCAUGUCGAAAACGUGAACUUGCACGAACUUUCGAAAACAGAGUUUACCGCGUUUUGAGAAAACACUCGGGCGGUGGUGUGAAGACAUUCAAGCUUCAUCACUGUGGUUCUGGUUUCAACAUUCGUGAUCUGAACAGGUGGCUUCAGAUUGCCGUUACUCCGGGGAUUGAAGAAGUCGUACUUUCAGUGCUAAUGCACCGGAGAAAGUACAGAUGCGGGCCUCACUACGGGUACGAAUGGGUGUCUUACAACUUCCCCUGCUCAGUUUUUUCCAACGGGAGUGGAAACUCGAUUCGGCAUCUUCACCUCGCCAGUUGUGCCUUCCACCCUGUUGCCGGACUUGCUCGCUUGACAAGACUGCAACUGUUUAAGGUGGACAUUACAGGAGAUGAGUUAGGGUGCCUACUUUCUAAUUCUUUUGCUAUGGAGGAGCUGAAUCUCACUAAAUGCGGUAACGUCAUUCACCUGAAGAUACCUUGCCUGCUACACAGGCUCAACUGCCUGGUGGUGCUGCAGUGCGGAGCUCUAAAAAAGAUAGAAAAUGAAGCUCCAAAUCUUUGGAUUGUUCGCAUCGAUAGCCAACCAGAGAAAGUUCCAGUUGGAGAUGUAUUGCAAGUGAAGGACCUCCAAAUGCUGGAUUGUUCUGAAUCUAACCUUGUUCAUUAUGCUCGUGCUAAGCUUCCGUCCAUUAUGCCAAAUCUUGAAACCCUCAGCGUAGAAUCGACCGGGGAGAUGUUCAAUACGCCAAUCUUACCUGUCAAAUUCCUCUACCUCAAGAACUUGCGGAUUUUUCUUCAUGAUCGAGCGAUGAAGGGCUUUUCCCCAGGCUAUGAUUAUUUUUCUCUCGUUUCUUUUCUGGAUGCUUGUCCUGUGUUGGAGAAUUUUGUCUUGGCUGUAUUACAGGCUAGCGUAAGGCAUGAAUUGAUUUCCGGAGACCCACAUCUGAGGCAGAUGCCAGAACACCGGCAUGGCAAUAUCAAGAAUGUGACGAUCAAGGGCUUUUGCGCUGCAAAGAGCAUGGUCGAGCUAACCUGUCAUAUUCUUGAGAAUGCAACAUCACUCGAGUGCCUUACGUUGGACACCAUAUGUGAUGAUGGCUCUGAAGACCUUGAUAGGACUUUUGACGACGGAAUUGCUAGAUGCUGCUACACAGUGUUAGACUGGGGUAUGCUCGACGAAGGCUAUAGAGGGCUCAGGGCUAUCGAAAGAUACAUUGUGGGGAAAGUUCCCUCCACGGUCAAGCUAAAUGUUUACAAGCUCAGCAGCCGUCGCUAUGCUAUAAAACCGUAUGAAUAUAGUUAUGCCAAUUAUCUAUCCUAGCAAUGUUAAAUGUUGCGUUGAUUGGAUCUCGUAACUUGAAUCUAUUGUUUGAAUGUUGAAAAAUUACAUGGGCCAUGGUUUAUUUAUUUAUUUUUGUAAAACGAACAUAAUCGUGAGUGUUCUGUUGUGUAAUAGUAAUACACA